AUGGGUCUCCUCAACGCCGCGAGCUGGCUCAAAGGCACCAUCGACGGCUGGCUCGACACGAUAGAAUCCCUCGACCCGUCCAAGAACCUGAAGGGCGUCGGGAAAGUAGCCGGCACGCUCAACAAGUUCAACCCGCUGCACCACCUCACGAAGACGCACGACGGCGAGAAGUAUCAGGACCUGCGACCCUCCGAGGUCUUCGAGGAUGUCUUGGUCGAUGCGCGGUUCCGGCCGGGCGCGCCCGUCGGGACCGUCGAGGUCGAAGUGAUCUGUGCGGGCGGCUGGACUUCCGUUGGUGUGGGCGACGCCUUCUCAGCGGAGGACUGCUACGCUCUCGUAGUGCUGGACGGCGGCGUGGGCAUCACCUCAAUAAAAGACAACGCCAAGGUGCCGGCCUGGUCCGCGGACGAGCGCCGAGCUUUCAGAUUCAGGAUUGUCGAUCCGGCGGCUACACUAUAUGUAGCGAUCUUUGAUGACGACCCUAACCCCUUACAAUCCGACGAUCCCAUCGGCCGGUGCGCCGUCGGGCUGCGCAGUUUAGCGCCGAACGCGGCCUACGACGCGUGGUUUCCUUUAGUGUUUGCGGCGACCGAAGGCGAAGCUCUAGCUAAUGCUGGAAGAGCAUUGGUGGCAGAUGAGCCGCUCGCGACGGCGGCGACGAACGCGGCGGGCAAGCACACGCAGAAGGACUCGCGCGGGGCCGUUAGAUUACGAGUGAAGGUCACCUGGGACGACGGCGGCAUGACGAUGGCGAAGAGCGCGCUGACCGACCUGCUGGGCGAGGCCAAGCCCCAGUACGUGACGUUCCCGGCCACGAAGGGCGGCAAGGCCCUGCGCGAGAACGUCAGGUUUGCCAUGUACGGCGAGGGCGCUUGUCCUCACGAUGCGGUCAACGAGCCGUUCUCGAUAGGGCGCGUGUCCGAUCAUGCUCAUGAGUUGGUGGAUGUCUUGCUAGGAGCCGUCUCGGGCCUCAAAGACCGCAUCGUCGCACUAGUGAUGUACCGCAACCCCGUGAGAUCUCUCGUAGCCCUCGUCGCGUGGCUCACGUCCGUCAGCAACGGCGCGCGCGCGGUGGCGUGGUUGUGGCUCAUCGCGGCUCUGGAUUUGCGGGACACGCUAGCCGGCGUGAGAGAAGACGACAAGGCGAAACAAGGCCACAACAUCGUGCCUCGCGUCGCCCGGCCCCAGUUCCCGAUGCUCGCCUGGGCCAAGGCCAUCGCGACGGGCACCAAGGCCGUCCAGCACCCGACGUCCGACGAGGAGUUCCAGGCCGCCAAAAAAUCAGCGCGCGGCGACGCCGAGUCCGUCGCGAUCGAGCUGAUGCUCGAGGAGUGGCGCGCCUCCGGUAAAGUGAAAGUCGUGGAAGAGGAGGACGAGGAGGAGGACGUCGUCGACGAGGACGACUACAAGUCGAAGAAGCGCGACGCGGCGUCCUCGAUUGAUCUGCUCGACGGCGUAUGGGGCGCCCUCUGAGAGUCACGUCCACCUCCACGCCAUCGACGCGACGUCUGCUCACGCCGUCCGCGCGACGCGCUGAUCGACGUCCUACGCAGGCCCAUGAAACGCUUCCGCUCCAUUCACAUCCUCAAACCUUUCUUAGAACCUGUCCAGAGACUGCUGCUGGGUCUGCUGUUGCCUUUGAGGGCGCUGAACGCCUUGGCGACUGGUAGGGCCGAUCCCGUGGCCACGGCUACUUUGGCGGCCGCUUGUUUGGCGAUCGGUCUCGGCACGAUGUUCUAUGCGCAUUUCAUUCAUUCGUAUGUGAUGUGGUUGCUGGGGUGGUUCUUCACAAUCCUACUAUACAUCAUCGGCGUCGCUCUAUUUGGGCCUCAGAAUUAUUUCCUCGUCAAAGCGCAUGUGAAAAAGAAGCGGGAGCGCCAGCGCCUGCGCGCUCUCGCGGGCUUCGAUCCCAACGGCCACGCGGCGCUGCAGAUCCAGGACUUUUACCGUGCGAUUCCCGCGUCCGCGAUUCCUUGUCCGACGCUGUCGACGCGACACUGUGCGACGCAGGCAAGUAUACCAAGAAGCUCAAGAACCUAGCUGCAGAGGCGAAGAAGCGCGCCCACGACGAGAAGUUGGCCGAGAAGAACAGAAUCGCGGAAGAAGCGAAGGCGAAAGCUGAACAAGAAAAAUUAUUCCAGGAGGCGCAAGCCCGGAGGGCUGCCGUCGCGAAAGCCGAUAGAGCCCACUUACAGGCGUUACACGCGCGCCAGGAGGACAAGGCGCUAGGUCCCAUCAAGGCCAAGAAGAACAGCCACGCUUUGUCCCGAUCUGCGUGGAAAUCAAGCAGUGAGUUAGGUUGAUGUCGCGUCGAUGGCGUAGGCCGGCUGAAAUUUGAUUUCCACGCAGGUCCCGGCACACCGUCAAGUAUCUACGUAUCUCAGAGGACAACCGGACCUUCAUCUACGAAGAUCCUCCGAACAAGGGGGGCUUCGGCAGCCACGAGUCGAAGUCCGUGCAUCUCAAGAACGUGACGAGCGUCGCGCCCUACGAUGCGUCCAAGCCGCAGAUGUUGAAAUUUAAGGCGGGCCACAAGGAGUACGAGUUCAAUUGUGAGUCGCAGCACGAGCGCACGUUACUAGCCUUGGGGCUGCGCGCUGCGACCGCGCGACUCGCGAAGCACCCGUCGAUGGUCGGCAAGGGCGGCCUGCUGCGCCUCGCCGUGCCCGCCAAGCCCUUAGGGUUCCUCAACGCGGCGCUGACGGAGCGCAACGUGGCGUUCCCCGAGCCCUUCCGCAGCCGCAUCCUCCCGGAGAGCAAGGAGCUCGUUGCGCAGGAGGAGUCCACGAGGGGCGCCACGGGCGCGCCGCCGGCCCCCGACGCCGGGGACGCGUCGCCGGCGGGCACGCCCUGCACGUGCGAGGUCGCCUGAGCGCUCCCCACAAGAAUUCGAAGACGAGACGAGCCCGCCACCCGCGGCGCCGGCGAGGGGCUCUGUGCUAAUGAUGUCAAAAACAGACUCUGGUCACUGGCAUGGUUGCCUGGUAAUUGUU